AUGUUUUCUUCGUCUUCUCGCAGAACGCCAGCUUGGACAUGGCCAGACGACCUCCCCGGCUCGACGCCGGGUGCUUUUCCGGAGCCGGCGCAGGCAGAGCCGGACGCCGCUGGUUCUUCUCAGAGCACACAAGAUAUACCACACAGGCCUAAACGCCACUAUCCUCCUCGUACGUGCCGGAUAUGCUUGGACACGGUCUAUCCGACGUCGGUCCCAGAAUCAGAAUACUUACCUAGCAUGCUUCAAUCGAAACCACGCGUUGUCUAUGUUUCGUCUGAUCCAGAACUUGGGCGCCUUUUACGGCCUUGCAAAUGUAAAGGGUCUUCGCGUUAUGUGCACGAAGGCUGCUUGCAGUCCUGGCGGCAUGCCGAUCCCUCCUAUGGGCGGAGAAACUACUGGCAAUGUCCAACGUGCCGGUUUAGGUAUCGAUUUCAAAGGGUAAUAUGGGCCCGCUGGAUUACUAGUGCUUUGGCACAACUUGUUCUCACGUGUUCAAUUCUGCUUUUCACUAUCUUUGCUCUCGGAUUUGUUGCUGACCCUAUAAUUAAUCUUUAUUUGGAUCCCGUGGACACCAUUGUUGGUUCUGAAUUCUGGGAGUCGACUCACGUCCUGGACCUGCCAGAUCUAGACGAAGAACCAACAUGGUUAGAACAUUUCCUCAAAGGUCUUGCAUCUCUUGGGGUUCUCUCAAUCAUCAAGGCCUUCGUUGCGUUGUCUCCCUGGCGCUGGUGGCAUCUCCGAGGCUCCGGUCUAAUUAGCAAUGGUGGGCGGACUACAGGCCGCAGUCGAGUUGCGUCCAUUAAUUGGCUGGUGGUGCUUUUCGGCGUUGCCACAUUUCUAGUGGCUGUCUACAAAGGUGUCCGGCACUGGGUACGGAAUGCUCUAGAGAAAGCCGGCGAGCGGGUUCUCGAUGUCCAAGAUGAUGACGAUGACGAUGACGCCGACGAUGUCGAUGUCGAUGGCGCGGUCAAUGUGCGAAGAUCUACCGCCUCCUUCGCUAACUCCUGGUCUACCCGGCAGAGCCAGGCACGUUAUGUGUCUUGCUCACUUGACGCCGGGCAUGGCCUCGGGGAAGGAGAGACCGCGUCCUUGAUGGACCCGACAAUGCGUGGCUCCUUAGUUGAGUCUGCCAUGGCUCUUGUCUGA